CUAAAUAUAACAACUGCGUUGGACAAACACAGGAAGAGGAAGAGGAGAGUGACAACCAGGAGGCUGAUGUGUUGUUAAGUUUCUCUUUGGCAAGAUGUCAGGCCACGAUCAGCUAGUGCUCUGUUUGUGUGAAUUAACAAGGUUGCUAUGGAAGUUGCUGCUGCCCCUGGUGUUUCUGUGCGUGCUGCUGAUCGCCGUCCUGGUCCUGCUGGUGCUGGCGGUGCGCUUCUGGCUUCAGAGCAGCAGGAACGCUCGGCGGGCGAGGGACGGCCGUCCCACGGUGGCCUUCUUCCACCCCUACUGCAAUGCUGGUGGUGGGGGAGAGAGGGUGCUCUGGUGUGCUAUCAGGGCACUGCAGAGCAGGUACGCGGACAUCAACUUUGUGGUGUACACGGGGGACCUGGGUGUGACGGGCCAGCAGAUCCUGGAUGGGGCGCGACGUCGUUUCAACAUCGUGCUCCCCCGCCCAGUUCAGUUUGUGUUCCUGAGGCACCGGCUGCUCGUGGAGCCCGGCCUGUUUCCUCACUUCACCCUGCUGGGACAGAGUGUGGGCUCCAUCUUUCUGGGAUGGGAGGCGCUGACGGAGUUUGUCCCUGACCUUUACAUCGACUCCAUGGGCUACGCCUUCACCCUGCCCCUGUUCCGCUACCUGGGAGGCUGCAGCGUGGGGAGUUACGUCCACUACCCCACCAUCAGCACUGACAUGCUGUCUGUAGUGAGAGAGAGGAACCCCAGGUUCAACAACCCAGACUACGUCACCAACAGUCUGUUCCUGAGUGCCUUCAAGGUGGUCUACUACUGCCUGCUCGCCCUGCUCUACGGCAUGGCCGGCUCCUGCAGCGACCUCAUCAUGGUCAACUCCUCCUGGACCCUCGAUCACAUCCUGUCACUGUGGCGCGCCCCCAACCGCACCAGCGUGGUCUACCCACCCUGCGACGUCAGCGCGUUCCUGGAUGUCCCGCUGGAGGAGGACGGGGACAAGAAGUGCCACUCCAUCGUUUCCAUCGGGCAGUUCAGGCCAGAGAAGGACCACCGGCUGCAGAUCAGAGCUUUCAAGAAGGUGUUAGACAGGAGGAGGGCGGGGCCGGGGGGCAGGGAGGCGCUGAAGCUGGUUCUGAUCGGUGGAUGCAGGAACCAGGAAGACGAGGAUAGGGUGCUCAUGCUGAGGGGGCUGUGCCAGGAGCUUGGUGUCGCCGACAGGGUGGAGUUUAAACUGAACGUACCCUUUGAGGAGCUGAAGAGAGAGCUGGGAGAAGCCACCAUCGGACUGCAUACCAUGUGGAACGAACACUUUGGAAUAGGCAUUGUGGAGUGUAUGGCAGCAGGGAAGGUCAUUCUGGCGCACAAGUCCGGCGGUCCCAAGCUGGACAUCGUGGUACCGUUCGAAGGAGGCCAGACAGGCUUCCUGGCCGAUGACGAGGACAGUUACGCGGAGGCCGUAGAGAGGAUCCUGGCGCUCCCGCCCGCCAGCCGGCUGCAAAUCAGACGCAACGCACGCCAGUCCGUGGCUCGCUUCUCAGAUCAGGAGUUUGAAGCCUGCUUCCUCGCCGCCAUGGAGCCUCUGAUGGGAACACUGGAACGAUGAGAAGAGAACUCAUUCUUUGUGUGUGUGUGCAUGUACAGUUAACGUGGUAGUGGCUGUUUGACACUUUGAGCACCUUUUACUUUGAUGCACUUAGAGCUGCAUUUACACUGUAGGACUGGUGAGAAAAUCUGAUCCAGCUACAGAAAACUGUAGUUCUGUUAAGAGUUUCAUUUGUAAAUACUAGAUUAUCCUGUAAAAUGACAGUUCGAGCUCUUAUCCCAUUUAUACAGGACGUAUUCCUUUGUCAGUAGUGUCAGUUUAAUUAAAAAAGAGAUGUAUUAUAUUUCGUGUAAACGGCUGAAGGGGAACACAUUUUUCUUUUAGAGACAGCUCGUUAAUGUGCUGGAAAAAUGUAACGGGGAACAUAUUUAUUGUUUACAAGAGCUAGAAUUCUCUACAUGCCCAAAAUGUGAAGUAUUUUUGAUAUUGAUGAUGAAUGUAAUAAAGAUAUGAUAAAGGAU